AUGAGUGAACCAGGUGAAAAUAAGAAGCAAGAACCAUUAUUGAAUGUGAAUAAUAUUGUAGUCCGUCCGUUACCGAAGAAAGAUAGUGGUCUCGUUAAGUUUUUACGUAAAAAUUGUUGUAUACCACAAAGAUGGGUUUUUGGUAUAAUGGGACUGGUUGGUUUAUGCAACGCCUACACGAUGCGAGUAACACUGAACAUAGCUAUAACACAGAUGGUGAAUAGAACCAAAAACGUAUCAGCGCAUUUUGACCCCGAUGCGUGUCCUAGUGAUUCAGAUGGCAUGACAAGUAUAAGUAAUAUGUCUACUGCGAACAGACCGCAUGCCAUAUUUGAUUGGAACGAAGAACUCCAAGGCUUUAUUUUGAGCGGUUUCUACUAUGGGUAUGGCUUGACUCAAAUUCUUGGAGGAUAUCUCGCAGAGAAGUAUGAAGGAAAGUGGACUUUGGGAAUCGGCUUGCUCAGUACUGCUAUCUUUACUAUUAUUACACCUGCUGUAACCAGAGCUGGUGGUGCAACAUGGCUAUUCAUUUUAAGAGUUGUUAUUGGAAUGGGUGAAGGUCCCACGAUACCAGCUCUAACGAUAAUGAUGGCGCGUUGGACACCACCUGAUCAAAGGUCUUUCCAAGGCGCGUUAAUUUUCGGAGGAUCACAAUUGGGGAACAUGAUAGGAUCGUUCUUGAGUGGAAUAAUAAUGGCUGAUGGAAGAGAUUGGGCUUAUGUAUUCUAUUUCUUUGGGGGAUGUGGUAUAGUGUGGUUCAUUGUUUGGAGUUUAUUAGUGUACAAUGAGCCAAAUGUACAUCCAUUUAUUACACACGAAGAGUUGGAUUAUUUGAACAAGGUUGUCAAGAGAGCAAAAGUCACAUCAGUAUCCGAUCCUGUCCCUUGGAAAGCAAUACUUCGUUCUCCAGCUGCGUUGGCGGUUCUUUGUGCUGGUAUCGGCCAUGACUGGGGUUUCUACACGAUGGUAUCUGAUCUUCCUAAGUACAUGAAUGACGUUCUUAAGUUCAACGUGGCAACAAUAGGCACUAUGACUUGCUUGCCGUUCUUAGCUAAAUGGAUACUUGGAUUUGUUUUUGGAUUCACAUGCGAUUAUGGAAUCAAGAAGGGAUGGCAUUCUCCAAAGACUGGCAGAGUUAUUUACACUUCAAUUGGAUCUGUAGUACCAGCUGUGUGUAUUAUUUUGGCGUCAUAUUCUGGAUGUAAUCGUACUGUUGCGAUGGGUUGUUUUGUGGUAGCCGUUGGCUGUAUGGGUGCUUAUGUUAGUGGUGUAAAGGUGAACAUUUUGGAUAUAGCUCCUAACUACGCGGGCACUAUAUCAGCUUUUAUCAACACAGUUACGACGUUGGCUGGGAUAAUCUCUCCCUAUCUCAUUGGUCUAUUGACACCAGAUUCUACCCUUGUCCAAUGGCGAAGAGCAUUCUGGAUUUGCUUCGCGGUAAUGAUUGGAAGUAAUAUCCUUUAUGCUUUUCUGGCUAAGGGAAGUCAACAGUGGUGGGACGACGUUCGACAAUUUGGUUAUCCUUCAGAUUGGAAGCAUGGGCCGAUAAUAAAGGAUAAAAUCCCAGAAGAACCAGAAUCAAUCAAGUUGUGCAAAAAAGAGAAUGAUGAUGAAAAAGAAAAGGAGAAUAAAGUUUGA